UCUGCCCGCCCCGGGGUGGGCGCUAGGGGGACCUUAAAGCCUCUGCCCCCCAAGGAGCCCUUCCCAGACUGCCACCAGCACCCACCGCUCCGUGGGACCUUGGCACAGAUAACCAAGCAUGUCAGACUCUGAAGAGGUCGUUGAAGAAUAUGAGCAGGAGCAGGAAGAGGAGUACGUGGAAGAAGAAGAGGAAGAAUGGCUUGAGGAAGAAGACGGUCAGGAGGACCAGGUAGAGGAGGAGGAAGGGGAGACAGAAGAAACCACAGCAGAAGAACAAGAAGAUGAAACAAAAGCACCGGGAGAAGGUGGUGAGGGGGACCGGGAGCAGGAGCCUGGGGAAGGUGAAUCAAAGCCCAAACCCAAGCCCUUCAUGCCCAACCUGGUGCCUCCUAAAAUCCCCGAUGGCGAGCGCCUGGAUUUCGAUGACAUCCAUCGCAAGCGCAUGGAGAAGGACCUGAAUGAGCUGCAGGCCCUCAUUGAAGCCCAUUUUGAGAGCAGGAAGAAGGAAGAAGAGGAGCUCAUCUCUCUCAAAGACAGGAUUGAGCAGCGGAGGGCAGAGAGGGCAGAGCAGCAGCGCAUCCGCAGUGAGAGGGAGAAGGAGCGCCAGGCCCGCAUGGCUGAGGAAAGAGCUCGCAAAGAGGAAGAGGAGGCACGGAAGAAGGCUGAGGAAGAAGCAAGGAAAAAGAAAGCUUUCUCCAACAUGCUGCAUUUCGGAGGCUACAUGCAGAAGUCAGAGAAAAAGGGUGGCAAGAAGCAAACGGAGCGGGAGAAGAAGAAAAAGAUCCUCAGCGAGCGGCGGAAGCCCCUGAACAUCGACCACCUCAAUGAAGACAAGCUGAGGGACAAAGCCAAGGAGCUGUGGCAAACCAUCCGUGACCUGGAGGCUGAGAAAUUUGACUUGCAGGAGAAGUUCAAGCGGCAGAAGUACGAGAUCAAUGUCCUUCGAAAUCGUGUUAGUGACCACCAGAAGGUCAAAGGGUCAAAGGCUGCCCGUGGGAAGACCAUGGUGGGUGGCCGGUGGAAGUAGAUGGCUCUGAAGGCAGAGGCAGCAACCACUGGCAGAAACACUGAGAUCUGAGACCUAGUGGGGGCCCAGCAUUGGAUGCAUAAGGUCUGCACUGAUCUGGAGCUCUGAGCUCUUGUUUUUACCCCAUCAGAGCUCAGUGUUCUCUGCACAUGACGUUGGUGUCCACUCCUUGUGCUGCACCAAUCAAUGGGUGAGAUUGCAGCACAACGCAGCACUGACGUUCCCCUACAAGUGAUGCUGUUCUGGUUUUGGAAGCGCCGUGAGCCCUUUACCUGCACACGUAAAUAAAUAGAGUUGUGCCUU